AUGGUGACCGCGACCACAGAGAAGGUGACGCAGAUCAAGUCCUACGUCCAGGACAAGGUCCACCAGACCUCCGAUGCCGCCGGUGUUACGGCAGCAGAGACGCGCAAGAAGGCGCAGGUGACGCUCAAGCAGGCACAGCAAAAGACGUCGUCGGUCGCUACCACGUCCCACGAAUCACUGCAAAUGCUCAUUGACCAGCUCAACCGAAGCAGAAUCGUCACCGAUGUCAAGCUGCUGGGGCAGGCCCCCAACCUCCUCGUCUCCGGUCUUACCGGCGGUGGUUUGGACGACCGCAAGCUGCUCCUCGAACAGGUCGUCACCUUGCUCGCGAGCAUGCCCGUCUCUUCCAACAUCAGCAAGAAGCUUUCGGAUGCCCUCAUUAGCGUUGUUUGGGGCGACUUGCCCCACCCCGCCGUCUCCUUCCUCGGCCCCGAGCAUCGCUUCCGACGUGCCGAUGGCUCGGACAACAACAUCUUGAACCCUAAGCUCGGCGCUUCGUAUCAGCCCUACUCGCGCAACGUCCAGCGCAAACAUCCUCUGAUGGUCAACAUGCCCGACCCUGGUACCGUCUACGACCUCCUCCUGGCACGAGACACCUUCGAGCCCCACCCCACUGGCAUCAGCUCGCUCCUCUUCAAUUUUGCCAACAUCAUCAUUCACGACAUCUUCUCCACCACGCGAAAGCCGGAAGAGCACUCGGCCUACAAUGAGCACUCCUCGUACCUCGACCUGCAGGUAGUCUACGGCGCCAACCUCGAGGAGCAGCAGCGUGUGCGCUCGGGUACGCUCGGUCUGCUCAAGCCCGACGCCAUCGGCGACUGGCGACUCGCCAUGAUGCCACCGGCGACGGCCGCGCUCGGUGUGCUGUUCAGUCGCAACCACAACUUGAUCGCCAAGCGUCUUUACGAGGUGAACGAGAACCACCGUUUCGAUGACCUCGAGGGCGAAGCCCUCGAUGACGAGCUGUUCGGCAUGGCCCGCCUCAUCAACUGCGGCUGUUUCCUUCACAUCAUCCUGCGCGACUACAUCCCGGUCAUUCUCAACAGCAACGAUUCCGAGUGGUACGUCAACCCCGUGGAAAUGAUCAAGGGCAUCGGCGGACCCAACAGUCUCGAGCGCGGCGUCGGUAACUCGGUCGCUGCUGAGUUCUCUGUCCUCUACCGCUGGCACGCGGCAGUGUCGCAGAAUGACGAAAAGUGGAUGAACGACUUCCUCGAAGCGCGGUUCCCGGGCAAGAGACCUGAGGAGGUCGGUCCGAUGGAGUUCGUCCAGGCUGCCGCCUCGCUUAAGGCGACCUUCAUGGAUGUCGAUCCGAGCGAGUGGAACCUCCACGACUGGCAGAGGGACAACCAGGGCAAGUUCGACGACGCCAUUUUGGCCUCCGUCAUCAAGGAUGCCGUUUCGGACGUCGCUGCAGCCUUCCGGGCUCGUGGUCAUCCGAGCUGGUUCCGUCCCAUCGAGAUUCUCGGCAUGAUCUCGGCUCGUAAGGACUGGGCUCUGUGCACCAUGAACGAGUUCCGACACUUUUUGGGCCUCAAGACCUACUCGUCCUUCAGCGAGUGGAACCCGGACCCCAAGAUCAGCAAAGCUGCGGAAAUGCUCUACGGCGACAUUGACAACCUCGAGCUCUACCCGGGUCUCAUGGCCGAAGAGACCAAGCCCAGCAUUCCCGGCAGUGGUCUUUGCCCCGGCUACACCAUCUCUCGUGGCAUUCUCAGCGAUGCCGCCGCUCUGACCCGCGGCGACCGCUUCUUCACGAACGACUUCUCCACUUCGAACCUAACCAGCGCUGGGUACGAAUACUGCAGCGAGCCUCAGCCCGGCUCGCACGGCCUCGUUGGUAAGCUCAUCAUGUCGAACCUGCCCGGUCAGUUUCCCUACAACUCGAUCUACGCGCUCUUUCCCUUCCGCAUUCCGGAGAGGACUGCUGCCAUGCUCAAGGAGAAGCGCGUUUUGGAGCACUAUGACACCUCGUACCCGGCUCCUGCUCGUCGCUGGUUCGCUAUCGAGUCGUACUCGGCAAGCAAGGAUAUCCUCGAAGACAGCCGAUACUUUGUCGCGCUGCCGCCCAUGGCCUACGAUGAAAGCCUCAUGGUCUCGGCGCUUCAAUCGGUCACGCGUUGGCGCGACGAGGUGUACGACUUCUUUGCCGUCAACACUGAGAAAGCAAUGGCGGAGCGCGCCAUCGACUACACGCCCUCUGGUCGUGAGAGGAUCGUCGACUUGCUCGAGGUGGUCAGCACCGUCUCGGCUAAAUUCAUCUCGACGCUGUUCGGACUGCCUACGCCCGGAAGCCAUGGCCUGCACCUCGGCAUGGCCCCCGAAGACCUCUACAACACGCUCGCCAAGCCGCUCGCGUACGCCAUGUACGGCUCGUUCGACUUCCAGGGUCAUCAGACUUGGCGUCUAGAAGAAGAGGCCGAGACAUGCACGCGUCGACUCAAGAACCUCAUCUGGGCUCGUCUUCACACGGUGGAAGGCAUCCUGUCGCCCGUCUUCUCGCUCGUGCAGGGCAUCUCGAACGUCAUUGGCGGUCCCGGCAACAUUGCCGCCAACGAGAUGGCCAAGCAGUUCUACCACGCGCUCUUUGCCUCUGGCAAGAGCAACGAUGAGCUCGUCAAGGACUGCCUGCACAUGAUGAUCUCGGUCACAGCAACGCAGUCGCUCGUCCUCAUGCAGACGUUCAAGUGGCUCUUCCGAGAGGAGAACGCCGAGCACCUUUCUGCCAUGUACCAGCUGGCGCAGAGGAACGACCCAUCCUCGAACGCCGAGUUGCGCAACCGCAUCAUGGAGGCCUACCGUCUCAGCAGCAUCACGCCCCCGCAAGCCAAGUUUGCGCUCCAGGCGAUUGCUUUGCCGGACAUGGAUGGCAACAGGGUGCACGUGCAGGUCGGUGACGGUGUCUACAUUUCGCCCUCAGCGCUCUACCGCGAUCCCCAGCUGUCUCACGAUCCGGAACGCUUCGACCCUAGCAGCAAGAAGCCAGUCCGUCUCGGUCUCGGCGACACCCCCACACAGACGAUCUCCGAGGUCGCUCUUCCUGCCAUGGCCAAGCAAUUCUUCAAGCACGCCGCCUUGCGCAUGGCUCCUGCAGGUGCACCUCCCAUUGUCACCGACGUUGGCCCCACGCCCGACCAGAAGCUACCCUACUUUAUCAGCAAUGACGGCAGCGAGUAUCCCGUGCCCAUCAACACUUCCAUGCACGUCAUCUACCAGGCUCGCUGA